GCUCGUGAUUAUUAUCACUGAAUCCGACGGUCAAAAGGACUCGUCGUUCGCUUUUAACCCUUCUCGCUCUCAGUCCCCGCCGCGCCCACUGCAAACCCUAGCCGAAGGCCAUGGGGGCGUACAAGUACGUGUCGGAGCUAUGGAGGAAGAAGCAGUCGGAUGUGAUGCGGUUCCUGCAGAGGGUGCGGUGUUGGGAGUACCGUCAGCUCCCGUCCAUCGUGCGCGUCACCAGGCCCACGCGCCCUGACAAGGCUCGACGUCUCGGUUACAAGGCAAAGCAGGGUUAUGUCAUUUAUCGAGUUCGGGUUAGACGUGGUGGGAGGAAGAGGCCAGUUCCAAAGGGUAUCGUCUAUGGAAAACCCAAGAAUCAAGGUAUCACUCAGCUAAAGUUCCAAAGAAACAAGCGGUCAGUCGCAGAGGAGAGAGCUGGACGAAAGUUGGGAGGCCUCAGGGUACUAAACUCUUAUUGGGUUAAUGAGGAUUCGACCUACAAAUACUUCGAGGUCAUCCUUGUUGAUGCAGCUCACACUGUUAUUCGCAAUGACCCAAGGAUUAACUGGAUCUGCAAGGGGGUUCACAAGCAUCGCGAGCUUCGUGGGCUCACCUCAGCUGGUAAGAAGUAUCGUGGUCUUCGUGGCAAAGGGCAUCGCCAUCACAAGGCCAAGCCAUCACGCAGAGCAACUUGGAAGAGGAACCAAACGUUGUCACUCCGGCGAUAUCGUUAAGCUUGCUUUCAUGGUUUACUUUUGUCUAGAAUUUGAGGUGAUUUCAACUUUAAAAUUUUAGUUACCUAUUCUGUGUGCUUGUUUGGUCCUAUAAAUUAUGUGAUUUUACUCAACUUUGGACCUCUAUGAAUCUUUUGAUAAUUUUCAUUCCCAUA